AAAUGAAUUUGGGUCGAAAGAGGUUUAUUUCAUCGCCUAGUAUCAAGUAGAAUACAUUUGAUUAAUGUUUAGUAAAUUUUAUAUUUCAGCAAAUCUUCGUUAAUAACUUAUUCACAGUUACUCGAGCUAUCAAACGAAAUGUUUUUGCUUUCAUUACUUUCCAGCAAUUUCAUCUCAUCUCAACUUAUUUAUAACAUAUUAACUGGACUCCUCACAUUCUGGUUUGUUACUUAUGUGAUACCGACAAUCAAGCGUUUAUUCACCUUACCACCUGGACCAUGGGGACUACCAUUUGUUGGCUACCUGCCUUACUUGCAGAAACACCAUGAAUACAAAGAUCUUGACCGUUUAGCGAAAAAGUAUGGACCAGUUUAUAGUUUAAGUUUGGGCAAAGAUACAGUUAUCGUUGUGAAUGAUUGGGAUCAUGCUAAAGAAGUGUUUAAAAGUGAUGAUUUAUUGGCUCGACCAGAAGGUUUUGGAAGCAAUGUAGAUGGAGCAUCGAUCCUUGAAAUGUCUGGUGAACCAUGGCGAGUUCAUAGACAGAACACAGUCCAUCUUCUUCGUGAUCUUGGUCUUGGUAAAUCAUCUUUCGAAAAUAAAAUUAACGAAGAGAUUGAAGAGUUCUUGCCUAAACUGGAGAAAGGCCCGGUUAAAAACCUGUUUAAAACCUUUCUAUUGACAGCUACAAACACUGUAUCGAUCUUGUUGCUUGGUCAUGGGUUUGAGGAUGAUGAUCCUGUGAAACAGACUCUUAUUGAUGCUCUGGAGAAUGCUUCAAAAAUUGGAUCACAGUUUAUGAUUUUUAAAUCAGGAUUACCUCGAAAGAUUGAACGAUUGCUUAUAAAACCAGCUGAUUUAAAUUUAGAAGUACUUGGUGAUUAUUAUCAACAAACAAUGGCUAUUCCAAAAUACAUGCAAAAUGAGAUCGAUGAACAUAAAAAGAAACAAUCAAAAGAGUUCGAAGACUAUAUUGAUGGUUAUUUAAAGGAGCAAAAGAAGCGAGAAAAUAGUGAUUCGAAUAGUAAUGUGUCUUUCACCGAUAAAACCUUACGAUCAAAUAUGGUUACUUUUUACCAAGCUGGAAGUGAAACAGUCUCAACCACACUUACAUGGGCUAUUCUUUAUCUGGUCAAGUAUCCUGAAUAUUAUGAGAAAAUACGAGCUGAAAUUUCGGAUGUAAUCGGCUUUGAAAGAUUACCAGAUUAUUCGGAUAGAAACCAGAUGCCAAUGACAAUGGCUUUCAUCUAUGAAGUCCAUCGAGCUGCUUCGAUUGUCGGUGUAAAUUUAUUCCGAGCUGCUACUCGUGAUUUGAAAAUUGGCAAUUACAAUGUACCUAAAGGUGCCACUGUCAUGGUAAACUUCUGGACUAUUAACCAUGACCCUUCAUUGUACAUAAAACCAGAUGAAUUUGAUCCCAGUCGAUUCUUAACCGAUAAUGGAACCAAAGCAAUUAAACCUCCAUUCUUGAAUCCAUUCAGUAAAGGCAAAAGAGGUUGUCCUGGAGAGGGUUUUGCCAAUGUUGAAUUAUUUUUAUAUCUUGUCAGUAUUGUUCAAAGAUACAAGAUUGAAUGUGAACCUGGAUCAACAAUAACGUUUGAAUCGGAUUAUGUAUCGACUAGAAAACCAAUUUCCCUUCCAUCUUUAAUAUUUACCAAAGUAUCUGAAUAAACUAAUUUUUAUUGAUUCUUUAAUGUAAAUGACUGUAAAUGAGUGUUGAAUUUAAUAAAAAUGAAAACCAUUUAACGCCUUAAA